AUGGAGAGUUUUAGAAGAAUGAUAGAUGACUAUACCUUAUUAGAUCUGGGUUAUGAAGGAAUCAGUUUUACAUGGUGGAACAGCAAAGAAAGGGUUAAUGCUAUUCAUGAAAGACUAAAUAGAGCCCUAGCAAAUAAUGCAUGGUAUCAUAACCCUAUUGUGCUACAAACUAAGGGUUGUCUGCAAAAGUUUAAGGGCCAAAAGCCUUUCAGGUUUGAAGCAGUCUGGACAGAAAGUGAAGAAUGUGGAAAGGUGAUUGAGAAGGCUUGGCAAGUUUAUUGUGAUGAUGGACCUAUUGGAGAGGUGGUGAAUAAGAUUUCGAGGUGUAGUGACAGUUUGCUAAGAUGGAACAAAGCUAGUUUUGGAACAUUCCAAAAGAGAUUAAGGAUGGCUAGAGUGCAACUAGAGAAGAUCCAAGCUAAGAACUUAAGAACUCCAAAUAGAGUAGCAGUACAACAAGCAAGAGAGGAAGUACAAAUAUGGUUGGAGAGGGAGGAAAUACUUUAG